CUACGAAGCGGUCACGUCCGAUCGAGCUGAAAUUUUUACUAGAUACGCCUUAAUAUGUAUCCUAAUAAUGGUAGUAGCGCCAAUUCAUGAAAUUUUUUCUAGAAUAUUCUACAGAAUUUCUGAAAACCCAUGGCUUUUGGUAAGAAACUCGGUUUCAGGCACCCCUGUUAUACUUUGAAGACAAAUGAAAGCGAUAUUUGGAAUCAGCGCGUCAAACUGCAUCGGAUUUCGGCGCUAAUUAGUGAAAUCUUUUCUAGGUUAUUUUAGAAGUUCUCUUCGAAUCACAGUUCUUUCACCGAAAAUCCAGUUUUCAGCAUUCAUAUUAUACUUUGAGGAAAAACGAAGGUGAUAUUCGGAAUCAGUGCAUUAAACUACAUGUAAUUACAUGUAGCUCAACAUGCUUUUACAAAAAGCAUUUUCUGAAAAAAAAGGCUGGGUGCCACCCAGCGACAUUUUUUCGAAAAAGUUUUUUUUUCGAAAAACUCUUUUAUAUUCCUAAAAACCAUUUUCUGAGUGGCAUUUUGUCAUUAAUAGUGAAAUGAAAGUCAAUUAUCAGCAAAAAACCGCUUGUCCACCUGCUUAUGCUAAAGCUCGCCUCUGUGUAUGAUUCAAAAGGAUGUUACACACAGGUACUCACAUAUGCUGACUGACAGAUAUUUUCAAGAACUCACAUAGGGUGUGGGUGUGGGGUGAGGGUGUGGGUCUGUGGGUGUGUGAGUGUGGGGAGUCAGUGUGGGUGUGGAUGUGGGUGUGGAUGUGGGUGUGGGUGUGGGGUGUGGAUGUGGGUAUGCAUGUGGAUGUACGUGUACCUCCAGUAAGACAGACAAGACUCAUAUUUGCACCCUCACUCACACCCACACCCCACACCCACACCCACGCCCACACACCCGCACACCCACCCACACCCACACCCACCCACACCCACGCCCACACACCCACACCCAGAUUUUAUCAUUUUUAUGUAGUAAUAUCCUAUAGGCAACUUGAUGUUUUUUCUUUUGAUACUGAUUUAUUGCAUUCAAUAUCAGUUCAUUAUAGCUCGCUUAUUUAAGUGGGUAGGUGGGUGUGGCUGCUUUGUUCAUCCACUGUCACGUCCACACCCACACUCCACCCUUCUCUCCCAUAAGGCAUAUAAAUCUAGGCAUCAUUUUUGCUACACACACCCGUGAACCAAAUAAAAUUUUAAUAUCUGGAAUCAUGCUAUUUUUUUGCUUACUCUUUCUUUAUCUAUCCUAGUAUAUACCAUAUGAAAUCUACGAUGUAGCUUUUGAUUGUCUUCGAUAAACUGGCAUUCUUGCUCUGCCACGUAAUAUUACUUUUCCUCCUCUAACUCAGCCAGUACUCUCAUCUUCACAUCUGUCGAAUGAUCAUUUAUCUUUCGAAUAUAUUCUCUCAAUUCUUCAUUUAGCUGAUCUACAUAUUGAUAUAGAAUGUAAACUUGGUUCAAAUGCUUAUCACAGUCGACCAGUUUGUUGUCAUGAUGGAAUACCAAAACCAGGUGAAUUAGGAGCACGGUUUUGGGGUGAUUAUCAUACAUAUUUCCUGACAAAAAUAUAUUCAUGUGUUGGUGAUCAUGAGCCAACACCAUCAGGUCUUUUUCCAACAGAUAAUAUAUCAUGGCUUUAUUCAAAUUUAGCUUCUCAAUGA